AUGAAAUACUCAUCAGCUGCUCUUGUGAAUGGAAUAGAGACAUUUUCUUGGCCAUCUUAUAUAAUAUCAAGUGUAAAGAUACAGCGGUUUUUAACUCGUGAUACACAAAUUCAAUUAAAAAUUAUUUGUCAUGAAUUAUAUGUUAAUUCAAAUGAAAUUCAAGGACAAAUUAAAAAAGAUUUAAAAAAUGAAUAUGAAAAAACAAAGGUUCAAAUCAACGGUCGAAUCGGUCGCAUUGUUGGAUGUAUACCAACACAAUAUGAUGCAUCUAUCUUUCCGAAUACAUCAUCAUCAGAAGAAAAUGAAUCCUUACAAUUUCUUUGGACAACUUAUUAUUAUAAUGAUAUUUUAUGGAAACAAAUGGAACAAAAAACUUUUAAGACAGUAGAAGUUGAAUGUGAGUACGCCGGAGAAUUGCUUAUUGAUGAAAAUUCGAAUAUAACUGGACCAGAAAUCUCACGAGAAAAAGCCGCAGAAUUAAGACAAAAAUUUUUAAAUCGAGAUUUUGAAGAGAUCACUGUCAAUCAAAACGAUAGUAAUCGUCUUCAGUCUGUUGCUAAAGAAAUGAAAAUCAAAUUAAAUCAUAAAAAAAUACCAAUUGCAUCUGUUUUAAAGAAACAAACAAUAAAUCAAUUACGAACAUGGGCUGAUGGGUGUUAUUAUAUUGAACUUUCUCGACCAGUUAUUAUUGAUUCAAAUACUCCUCAACUUAAUGUUGAUGUAGUUGUAUCUAUGAAAAAUCGUCAUGGUGGUUAUAUAACUGCCGAUGAAUAUCCAACAUUCGUUUUUUACGGUUUAAUGUUUCAUGUCUAUGCUUUUGGUACUAUUCUAUGGUUUAUUUUGUGUGCUUUGUGUUGGGAAGACUUACUUGAAAUACAUUUUUUUAUUGGAGGCGUCAUUCUUGUUAGUAUGAUUGAACAUCUAGCAUUUUUUCUUCAAUACAAUGCUGUUGAUAAAUAUGGAUAUAAUACUCAGUUUGCUGUUUUCACAACUCAAAUUGUUUUAUGUUUGAGAUGUACUAUAUUACGUAUGCUUGUUAUCAUUGUUGCAAUUGAUUAUGGAAUAGUUAAACCGAGUUUAGAACGAUUAAAAACAAAAUUACUUGCUAUGAGUGUACUUUAUUUUAUAAGUGUUACGACAACAACAAUACUUUAUUUGAACACAGAAAAUGGCGCAAUCAAUUAUAAAUUAUUAUUAUCGGGUUUUUUGUUAUUCUUUGUUGAUUUGACUACUUAUUAUUGGAUAAUUAAAGGUUUAGCUGUAACAACAAAAAUAUUACGUUUAAGAGAAAAUAUUAUUCAAUUAAAUAUUUAUCAACAUUUUAUAGAUGCAAUAAUAUAUGUUAUUAUUGCAAGUUUUUUAUUUAUGAUUUGGACAUUCAAAUUCGAUUUUUUCACUAGAUGUAUUACGAAUUGGAGAGUUUUUUGGUUUUUCGACGCAUUUUGGCAUCUACUUGGUUUAUUUAUUCUUCUUGUUAUCAUGUUUUUAUUUCGGCCAUCAAAUAUUAAUCAACUUCAUGUUUUUGUUCCUUUAAUAGAUCAAUUGAAUAAUGACAAUGAUGAUGAAGAAAAAGGAAAAUCAGCUGUACUUGAUUCGGUAACAAUCUAUAAUGGAACAAGUACUCAAGAUGAUGCAGCUUCGAAGUGUGAACAGCAACAACAAGCAUCUGUGAAUUAUGAGGCAAACAUAUUAGCUACUGAAACUGGAGAUUCAAAUGGUAAUUCUGUAGUUAAAGAUGUUUUGACGUGA